AUGUCUGGAGAACAAAUGAUCUCGACUGGAUUACAAGAUGAACUUAUUCGCUUGGAUGAAAAUUCGUUACAUACAAGAUAUAAGUUUGGUGUAUUGCUUGUCAAAGAAAACCAGACAAAAGAAGAAGAAUGGUUUUCGAAUGAGAAUGAUUCUAGUGCAUUUAAUGAAUUCCUUGACAUUAUUGGACGGAAAAUCGAACUUAAGGGGUACUCGGGAUGGGCAGCCGGUUUAGAUACCAAAAGUGGUGAUUCAGGGGAAUUCUGCUAUACAAACAAAUGGAAUGAGAAUAAUCUUGCGUAUCAUGUAUCUACACUUUUGCCUUCCAAAGCAGGCGAUAAGCAACAAAUUCAAAGAAAAAGACAUAUUGGCAAUGAUAUUGUUUGUCUUGUGUUUGUGGAAGGAAAUCAGCCAUUUAAUCCAACAGCUAUUAAAUCACAAUUCCUGCAUGUGUUUAUUAUCGUUCAUAAAGAGAGCUGGAAAGACACGCAUGCCUGGAGAGUAGAGAUUGUCUCUGUAGAAGACGUACCACCUUUUGGUCCACCUUUGCCUGGUAAAUCAGCUGUAUUUUUUGAUAAAAAGGAACUGGAAAGUUAUCUUGUAGCCAAGUUGGUCAAUGCAGAAUAUGCUGCGUUCAAGUCUCCUAAAUUUGCUUUGCCUAUGAACCGUGCUAGAGAAGGCAUUUUUACCAACCUUGUAGAAAAAGGAUAUCAUAUGUUACGCACAGAAGAAACUGAGCCUACAGAAGAAGUGAAAGAAGACACAGUGAAAAAGCAUACCAAAUCACCCUCCACGUCUUCUUCUAUCAGCACUAUUGUUUCCCCUACACCCUCUAAAUCGAAUGCUAUUCGUGAAUUUUCUGAGAACAUUGUCACCAAGAAUGAUAACUCGCUUUAUUGUGAUCCACAGGAUUAUCAGCAAUUUCUAACAAUCAGAGCAUUUGAUGCCAUUGUGAAUGAUUAUUUACAGAAUUUAUCUUCUAAAAAGAGAGAUAAAGCACUGGUAGAUAAUCACAGAUAUUCAUUGAUACUUCAAGUACUGAAAGAUCCAAGAAAUACAGCUAUUUCUACUGCUCAAUUUCGAUUCUGGGUGAAGAAAAUGUUUCGUCUCUCUACUACAGUGGAUAAUAUAGAAUAUGUAUGCCAUGACGACAAACCUGUAGCAACUCGUGAAGAUAUCUAUUUCAUCUUGACUAGAGCACAUAAAGAAGCACAUCAUGGCGGUAGAGAUAAGACAUCAGCUUUGGUACGCAAACGCUAUUCUUGGAUUCCUAAAGAGUUAAUUGCUCGCUUUGUACGUCAUUGUCCAUUCUGUAUUUCUAGAAGAAAUGAUACCAAUAGACCAAAUCAUCCUUGUUAUUCUGCUGCUUCUAUUUCUAUGGCUGCUACAGUGGCAACAUCAGCUGCUGUGACAGCUGUUGCAUUGUCUUUUAUGGCUCCUUCUCCUCCUUUAGAUAACCAUGUAGACUUUUAUUAUCCUUCAGAGAGCCCAGCUAGUGAUAGGCAGGAUUCUUGUUCACCUAAACCUAAUCAUUUAUUUGGAUCGUAUUUCGAUGGUCAUUCUGCAGAUGCUGCUGCUGCUGCUGCUGUUGUCACUGCUGCUGCUAUUGCUGCUGCUAACUCAAACCGACUUCAUCAAGACCCUGAGCCUAGAGUCACACCAUCACCGCAACCCAAAUCUUGUUAUUAUGGCAAACAUGGCUUAUUGUUAUCGCCUUCACCCGAUGAAAGUAAUAUACCAAGUCCUACUGAUUCUAUUUUAAAUACUGAAUUUUAA